CACUAUUCCUAUUGGUUGUCGUUCUUGCAGGCAGUGACUUUUCUGUCUGAACGGCUCCGUACUGCAGGAUGUUGGUGUUAGUAUUAGGAGAUCUUCAUAUCCCACAUCGCUGCAACAGCUUGCCAGCAAAAUUCAAAAAGCUUCUGGUUCCAGGGAAGAUACAGCACAUCCUGUGCACUGGAAAUCUCUGCACCAAGGAGAGCUAUGACUACCUCAAGACACUUGCUGGGGAUGUUCACAUUGUCAGAGGCGACUUUGAUGAGAACCUAAAUUACCCAGAGCAAAAAGUUGUCACAGUUGGACAAUUUAAGAUUGGUUUGAUCCAUGGUCACCAAGUUAUUCCCUGGGGUGACAUGGCUAGUUUGGCAUUGCUGCAGAGACAACUGGAUGUUGAUAUUCUUAUUUCAGGACAUACCCAGAAAUUUGAAGCAUUUGAGCAUGAAAACAAAUUUUAUAUCAAUCCAGGAUCUGCUACUGGAGCCUACAAUGCACUAGAAAACAACAUCAUUCCUUCCUUUGUAUUGAUGGACAUCCAGGCUUCUACAGUUGUCACUUACGUGUAUCAGUUAAUCGGAGAUGAUGUGAAAGUAGAAAGAAUAGAGUACAAAAAAUCCUAAAAUAAAUUCCUUUAACUGUUCAUUGCCUUUUAAUCUUCAUUCCCAUUUAUUUCAGAAUUAAAAUAUACGCAGUUCAUGUAUGACCUAGGCAUCUUAUUGUAGCCAUUAUAUACUAAUGUUUUGCAUUUUUUAUUUACUGUUGCUGUAGGAAUGUUGUGAACUAUUAUAGCAAUGAUUGACUUGUUUAUAUGUUCAAAAAACAAUUGUGCCACUCUGCAUUAAUAGCUGUAUAAAAGUACAGAUUUGUAAAUAACAUUCACAGAAAUAUGUAACAAAAUAACAAUACAAAUUAUAAUUCUA